AAGCUUUUCAUGCAUACAUCAUUCUAUAGAGAAAAACGAUUAAAAAGAUUUGCCUACGUUUACUUGAUAUAUUAAAAAAAAAAAAGAUACUUUGUGUGCCUAACCGCCAUUGUUUGGACAUUUUCUAACGAUUUCAAUGCAUAAAAAUUGACUUGUGAAAACGUCAAAGAACCAUCAAUUCAUAUACUAUACAAAAAACUUGAAGGUUAAGGCAGAAAUAACUUCAGUACAUAUAAUAUAAGUUUCGAUUUGACAGUCGUGACGAACAGAUAAAGAAUUAAGAAAAACGCCUUCGCCAACGUAGCAUGUCUACAAUGAAUCCCGAGUAUGAUUAUCUUUUUAAACUCCUCCUUAUUGGAGACUCUGGAGUAGGAAAAUCAUGUUUGCUACUACGUUUUGCUGAUGAUACUUAUACGGAGAGUUACAUUAGUACCAUUGGUGUUGAUUUCAAGAUAAGAACUAUUGAUCUUGAUGGUAAAACGAUAAAACUUCAAAUAUGGGAUACUGCUGGACAAGAACGUUUCCGAACUAUUACGAGUUCUUAUUACAGAGGAGCACACGGAAUCAUCAUUGUUUAUGAUUGCACAGAUCAAGACUCAUUUAAUAAUGUUAAACAGUGGUUAGAAGAAAUUGACCGCUAUGCUUCUGAUAAUGUUAACAAGUUAUUGGUCGGCAAUAAAUGUGAUUUAAAUGUCAAAAAAGUCGUUGAUUACGCUACUGCUAAGGAAUACGCUGAUCAAUUAACUAUACCAUUUCUUGAGACUUCAGCGAAAAAUGCUAUGAAUGUAGAACAAGCUUUCAUGACUAUGGCAGCAGAAAUAAAAGCACGAGUUGGUCCACCAUCAGGUACAGAUGCUGAUCCAGCUCAUAAAGUGAAGAUAAAUCAAGGUCGCGACGUUGAUGCGCCUAAAUCAGGAUGUUGCUGAAAUUUCUACCUAUUAAUUCCAUUUAAUUGACUGCAAUAACAUCGUUAAGCACUAAAAAUAUGAUGCACAUUAAAAUUAAUUCAAGAGGAGUGCAUAACGAUAAUGGUUGAUACGACGAAGAAAAAUUGGAGAAGUUACAAUUUUGAAAUAAGAGAAUCAGAAUUCUAAAUGACCGGCAGAAAACAUUUUUUCAUCACUUUUUUUAAACUAUCAUUUGUAAAAGUAA